AUGAUUUACGGUUCGAGAGAACAAGAUCGUACCAUCGCAUAUAGUGCCAAGCAGAACGCUCGAGAUGAAAAGCGUAAAGAGUUCUUGGCUUACUGCCUGAAGCAAUACGAUUUCAUUUUAACUAUUAUUGAUCGUCUUGAAUUCCCUGAUUGCCGAGAAUAUGGCGACAUAUAUCAGCUGCUGCAUCAGGUUUCAAAAUAUUUCUUCGAAUUUGUUGAAUUCAUCGAUUUAACAUAG